AUGCCAAAGAAGUUCCAGGGCGAGAACUCCAAGGCGGCCACAGCUAAAGCCCGCAAGGCUGAGGCCAAGGCAGAGGCAGACGCCCGCAAGAAGCAGCAGGAAGAGGAUGCUCUGUGGCAGGAGACAGACAAACAUGUUCUGAAGAAAGGGCAGAGAAAGGAUGAAAAAGAGAAAAAGAGGCUCGAGCUUCUUGAGAGGAAAAAAGAAAACCAACGUCUUCUCGAUGAGGAGGCCGCCACCAUAAAAGGCAAAGCCCAGAGGGAGGCAAGCGAAAGAGUAACUCGUGCCCAAAUUGAGGAGGUGCUUCAGAACGAGCUACAGCAACUGAAGGAGCAAGAGCUCAAGCCAAAAGAAAAGAGCCACCUGGAAACUCCACUGGAAGAGAACGUAAACAGGAUUAUCCCUGAGGAAGGAACCAUUGAAGCCCGAUCAAUAGAAGAUGCCAUCGCUGUGCUCAGCACCGGGCCAGAUGACACCGACCACCAUCCGGAGCGGAGGAUGAAAGCAGCGUAUGCUGCCUAUGAGGAAGCCAACAUGCCUCGCCUAAAACAGGAGAACCCCAACAUGAGGCUGUCGCAGCUGAAGCAACAGUUAAAAAAGGAGUGGAUGAAAUCACCAGAAAACCCCCUGAACCAACGCUUUGCCAACUACAACUCAAAGUGA